AUGCCACCCACCACCCGGAAAGGAUUGUCAUCCCUGAAGCAACUGAGGGUUCAAUUGGACGAUUUGAAAUCCUCGUUUGAUGACAUUUGGUCUUUCAUUCAGAAGUUUUCUGAUGAAACCACCGGUACUCAAGUCGAAGUUCGAUUAGAACGGAUCGAUGAUUUGUGGGAGAGAUUUAGUGAGAAUUUGGUCGAGCUAAAAUCUCAUGAAGACUUCGAGGAUGAGGAGAAUUAUUAUAGUAAGUUACGCAAGCACUUGAGCGAUCGCUAUUAUGAAGCCAAAACCUUCCUGUUGGACAAAAGCAAGGCCCUUCGCGUUUCUUCUGAGUUGGAACAGUCCGCCCAUGAACAAUCAAUGUCAGGUGUUGUCGGUCAUGUCCGGUUACCGCAGAUCAAGCUCCAAUCAUUCAACGGUGACAUCGAUGACUGGUUGAGCUUCCGAGACCUGUUCACCUCGCUCAUCCACUGGAGGACUGAUUUACCAGAGGUGGAGAAAUUUCAUUAUUUGAAAGGGUGUCUUCAACGUGAACCUAUAAGCCUAAUCGAUCCACUGAAAAUUACCAAGGCGAAUUACCAGAUAGCUUGGGAUAUUCUGGUAAAGAGGUACAACAACAACAAGCUGUUGAAGAAGAAGCAGGUCCAAUCUUUCUUCAAACUUCCGACCCUCUCCAAGGAAUCUGUUGCUGAGUUACGAAAUCUGGUGGAAGGUUUUGACCGAGUCGUACAAACACUUGAUCAAAUCGUGGAACCUGCUGAGUACAAGGAUCUCCUAUUGGUGAAUCUGCUCACGAUGCGACUGGAUCCAUCAACUCGUCGAGCAUGGGAAGAAUAUUCGACCAACAAGGAGAUGGAUUUACUGACAGACCUCACCGAAUUUCUGCGUCAGCGAAUGCAAGUACUGGAAUCCCUUCCAUCUAGGCAGACGGACAACAAGAUCAUCCAUCAGCAACAACCACCACCGAAACCGAAAGCUUCAGCAAUCAAGGCAAGCUACAAUUCGAUUCAAUCGUCAGGAGGAAGAUGUGUGGCUUGUAAGGACAACCACCUUCUAUACCAAUGUUCCGCAUUCCAAAGACUUUCUGUGGUGGAUCGGGAUUCUCUACUGAAAUCUCAAGGAUUUUGCCGGAAUUGCUUUCGAUCGGGGCAUCAGGCAAAGGAUUGCCAAUCCAAAUUUUCCUGUCGGAUCUGCAAGAACCGUCAUCACACCCUGGUUUGCUUCAAGUCGGAGAAGGAUCACACUGUAACGGUCGCAGCGAUUGCUGGGGGCAAUCAUCCUUCAAAUUCCAAGGAAUCCCAAGGCUCCUCAGGUUCCAAUUCAAUCCAACUGGCUAACGUGGCAGCCACUGACGUUUCGGUAUGCGGUACGUCUAAUCAACUCACGUCGCAAGUCCUUUUAGCGACAGCGGUAGUCAUCGUCGAGGACGACGUUGGUUCAAGGUACCACGCCCGUGCUCUUCGUGAUUCCGGUUCAGAGAGCAACUUCGUAUCGGAACGGUUAACCCAAAGGAUGAAGGUAAUCAGGAAUAAGGUCGACGUCUCGGUCCUUGGUAUAGGACAAGGGGCUACCAAGGUCAAACAUACAGUCCAAGCGGUCAUACGUUCGCGAAUCUCGGAUUUCUCACGAGAUAUGAGGUUUUUGGUGCUACCCAAGGUGAAUGCGAAUCUCCCUACAACCUCAAUCAACACGGAAGGGUGGAUUCUACCGAAUGGAAUUGAGCUAGCGGAUCCUGCAUUCUUCACGUCCAAGGAAGUCGACAUGGUGCUAGGCAUCGAGGCUUUCUUCGAAUUCUUCGAAUCGGGGCGAAGGAUUACAAUCGGCAAACAUCUACCAAGCCUUACAGACUCGGUGUUCGGUUGGGUAGUAUGUGGUGGCUGUUCAACUCCUAUCAAAUCCCUACAAGUCAACUGCCAUUUCUCAACGUCCGAGGACUUGGAAAAGUUGAUGGCACGUUUCUGGUCGUGCGAGGAGGUGGAAUUCACGGACGCUUAUUCUCUGGAGGAGAAAAAGUGUGAAGAAUUAUUUCAACGUGGAGUUCAAAGAGGUCCAGAAGGUCGUUAUACUGUUCCCCUACCCAAAAACGAAGACGUUCUUCCAAACCUGGGCGAGUCACGGGACCAGGGAAUCAAGAAAAUGCUAUCUUCCGAUGCUUACCGACGAUAA